GUCAGCUAUGAUGACCUCUGAAAUGGCGAGUGGGAGGAUGAGCAGAUGAAGCGUUGGGAUCAGAGCAUUCAGGGAUGCCGAAAUUCUUUCGUGAUCCACGCAUGACCAUGAAUUUCUUGCCCCCUGCCACCAGGGCACCUCGGAUGUACCGCUGGAACACCAUCGUUACCUCGCCUUGCCCCAUCGUCGGCCUCCGGAGCUCUCACUCAACCACCUCGGAUCGGCAUGACGGGCGAAUGCGCAACAGCGCGCACCAUGAGCGGAGCGAGCAUAUCGACCUGCACCAUCAUGACAACCAUCUCCACCAACAACAGCAUGACCUCCACCGCCAUCCCAACCACCUGCACAACCAUCUCCAGCAGCAGCACGACAAGUCGUCGAGGAGGAAGAGCGAUCAUCAACUUCCGAGGUGGAUCCCUCCUGCUCGCUGGCUGCCGGACCAUGAGCACGGCAUCGACUAUCGGCAGAGGCUCAAGUACGACCUGGGGUCUUGGCCCAAGAAGCCUCUUCCUCAUCACCUUGAAGUGAGGUUGAUGCAGAGGCUGAGCAAGCUUGAAUUCACGCACUCAAUGCUCUCCACGAUUGCCGAGAGGAUGUCUGAACUGCCCAAAAAGAGAAUCGAGUCUCACUACCACACCGGCAGGAGGUUAUUCCCUUCCUCCUCCCCUCUUGGUCUCAUGUACGUCGUCCCUCUCUUGACCAUCAAGUCGCAGAGCUGCGGUUAUGCUUCCGCUGUGUGUUGUGGACUCGAAGCCUUCGGUACUUUUGAACUUGAGAUCUCAUAA